AUGACUUCUCGGAAGAAAGUGUUGCUGAAAGUUAUCAUACUGGGAGAUUCAGGAGUUGGUAAAACAUCACUCAUGAACCAGUAUGUGAAUAAGAAAUUCAGCAAUCAGUACAAAGCCACAAUAGGAGCAGACUUUCUGACAAAGGAGGUGAUGGUCGAUGAUAGACUAGUUACGAUGCAGAUCUGGGACACAGCAGGCCAGGAGAGGUUCCAGUCUCUCGGAGUGGCCUUCUACAGAGGCGCAGACUGCUGCGUUCUGGUGUUUGAUGUGACUGCCCCCAACACAUUCAAAACCCUGGACAGCUGGAGAGAUGAGUUUCUCAUCCAAGCCAGUCCCCGGGAUCCUGAAAACUUCCCCUUUGUUGUGUUGGGAAACAAGAUUGACCUUGAAAACAGACAAGUUGCCACAAAGCGAGCACAGGCCUGGUGCUACAGUAAAAACAACAUCCCCUACUUUGAGACUAGUGCAAAGGAAGCCAUCAACGUGGAGCAGGCCUUUCAGACGAUUGCCCGGAACGCACUUAAACAGGAAACAGAGGUGGAGCUGUACAACGAAUUCCCUGAGCCCAUCAAACUGGACAAGAAUGACCGGGCCAAGGCCUCAGCGGAAAGCUGCAGUUGCUGAAGGGGCAGUGAGAAUAGAGCACUGAGUCCUUCACAAGCCAAGAACACACUUAGGCCUUCAAACACAAGCCCCCUUGCCUAUUCCAAACAAAACCUGAAUUGGUCUCUCGUAUCCAGCUGCCAAAAGAACCCCCACCCAACAAGCUCACCCCGAUAGACAACACAGACACAGACGUGACAUGAGCAGACAAGCAGCCUGCGCCUGUGACACCGCUCCAUGGGUCUGCACACCACCACCUGGGCCCUUGUCUGGCAGCAGGACAGGCCAUCAGCAGACUCCGUUCUGGCACGGAGUCAGCACGGAAGCUUAUUGUCCACUGCGGGGGGAGAGAGAGAGAGAGAGAGAGAACUGUUUACAACAGUUAAUCUGUGUCUAAUUAGUUACUGAUUUUUUAAACGGUCUCGUGGUCUUUUUACCCUCCCACCCCGUCCCCUCCUUGUGAAGGCCACACCUUGGGAAGGCUGGUGCCCAUGUUUCAUCACAGGCUCACACCCAGUCUGAUUAGGCUGAGUUUUGUAUGUAUCUGUUGAUGCUUGUUACUUUUCACUAAUCAGAUCUUUUUACAGUAUCCAUUUAUUAUGUAAUGCUUCUUAGAAAAGAAUCUUAUAGUACAUGUUAAUAUAUGCAACCAAUUAAAAAUGUAUAAAUUAGUGUAAGAAAUUCUUGGAUUAUGUGUUUAAGUCCUGUAAUGCAGGUGUGUAAGAAGGAGGGUUGAACCCUGUCUGGAUUACACAGUGUUUGCAAUUCAGAAUUUGAAAAUUCAGUUGGAGGCAGUAUUCUGUACAGUAGAUACUGAGAAUUAUGUACACCUUUUAUCAAAGACUUAAGAGCCAAACAGCUUUUCAUCUCUCCAGGGGGAAACUGUCUAGUUCCCUUCUGUGUCAAAAUUUUCCAAAAGGUUGAUUUGCAUAAUACAGUGGUGUGUGCAAGUGGAUAAAAUGGCCGUUUCAAAUAUUUUUUAAAAUAAACUUUCCCCUGCUCCACACUUCGUCGUCCCCUGGUAGAUCAGCAUCCCACUAUAAGAGGGAAAGGAACAUCCUAACAGAUCUGUCCUAGUGAUCUUACCUUUGUUCUAGAAGGCGCUCCUUCCAGGAUUGUGGUACCCUUAGGUUAGCACUCCUUUUCUCCAGCCCACUCUCCGAUAUUGCCCACCGUUCAUUAACCCGUUUCUUUGGUAUGGAACCCUGGCAGUUCUGCUCCCCCGAGGAGCUGCCCCUGCAUUGUAGCUUGCUUAACGGAGCACUUCUCCCUUUUUCCCAAAGGUCUUACAUUCUAGGGUGUGGGCCAAGUUCUUCUGUAAAGAGAUGAACGUGAUGCCAAUAAAAUUUAACAAGAACAAAGAUCA